GCUGGAAUAAAAGCGGGGCAGAAAAGGCGCCGGCCGGGCCCGAUACACACCAGUAAGAACCGGGCGGCUGCAGAGCCGGAGCCCGAGCCGGAGCCCGAGCCGGAGCCGGGCCGCCGCGCCUCGCCUCGCCUCGCCUCGCCAUGGCGCCCACCCUGGCCACUGCCCAUCGGCGCCGCUGGUGGAUGGCCUGCACGGCCGUGCUGGAAAACCUCCUCUUCUCGGCAGUCCUCCUGGGCUGGGGCUCGCUGCUCAUCAUGCUCAAGUCGGAGGGUUUUUACUCCUACCUGUGUACUGAGCCAGAGAAUGUCACCAAUGGCACAGUGGGGGGCACAGCAGAGCCGGAGCACGAGGAGGUGAGCCGAAUGAAUGGCUGGCUCAGCUGCAAGGCCCAGGAUGAGAUGCUAAACUUGGCCUUCACCGUGGGCUCCUUCCUGCUCAGUGCCAUCACCCUGCCUCUGGGCAUCGUCAUGGACAAGUACGGCCCAAGGAAGCUCAGGCUGCUGGGCAGUGCCUGCUUUGCUGUCUCCUGCUUGCUGAUUGCAUACGGAGCAAGUAACCCAAGCUCUCUCUCUGUGCUCAUCUUCAUCGCCCUGGCUCUGAAUGGCUUUGGUGGGAUGUGCAUGACAUUCACCUCAUUAACACUGCCCAACAUGUUUGGUGACCUUCGGUCCACAUUUAUUGCCUUGAUGAUUGGAUCCUAUGCCUCCUCAGCAGUCACCUUCCCAGGAGUCAAGGUCAUCUACGACUUCGGCGCCUCCUUCAUCGUCAUGCUCGUGGUCUGGGCCGGCUGCUCCGGGCUGGUUUUCCUCAACUGCUUCUUUAACUGGCCCCUGGAGCCCUUCCCGGGCCCAGAGGACAUGGACUACACGGUGAAGAUCAAGUUUAGCUGGCUGGGCUUUGACCACAAGAUCACCGGGAAGCAGUUCUACAAGCAGGUGACCACGGUCGGGCGCCGCCUCAGCGUGGGCAGCUCCAUGCGGAGCGCCAAGGAGCAGGCGGCACUGCAAGAGGGCCACAAGCUGUGCCUGUCCACCGUCGACCUGGAAGUCAAGUGCCAGCCCGAUGCCACAGCGGCCCCCUCGUUCAUGCAGAGCGUGUUCAGCCCCAUCCUGCUGCUCAGCCUGGUCACCAUGUGUGUUACUCAGCUGCGCCUCAUCUUCUACAUGGGCGCCAUGAACAACAUCCUCCAGUUCCUGGUCAGCGGCGACCAGGACGUAGUGGGUCUCUACACCUCCAUCUUCGGUGUGCUCCAGCUGCUCUGCCUGCUCACGGCCCCCGUCAUUGGCUACAUCAUGGACUGGAGGCUGAAGGAGUGUGAAGAUGCCCCUGAGGAGCCUGAGGAGAAAGACGCCAACCAAGGUGAGAAGAAGAAGAAGCGGGACCGGCAGAUCCAGAAGAUCACCAACGCCAUGCGGGCCUUUGCCUUCACAAACCUGCUGCUCGUGGGCUUUGGGGUGACUUGCCUCAUUCCCAACCUGCCUCUACAGAUCCUCUCCUUCAUCCUGCACACGAUUGUGCGAGGAUUCAUCCACUCUGCCGUCGGGGGCCUGUAUGCUGCUGUGUACCCCUCCACGCAGUUUGGCAGCCUCACGGGCCUGCAGUCCCUGGUCAGUGCACUCUUCGCUCUCCUGCAGCAGCCCCUGUUUCUGGCUAUGAUGGGUCCCCUGCAGGGAGACCCUCUGUGGGUGAAUGUGGGGCUGCUUGUCCUGAGCAUGCUGGGCUUCUGCCUUCCCCUCUACCUCAUCUGCUACCGGCGCCAGCUGGAGAGGCAGCUGCAGCAGAAGAGGGAGGAUGAGAAGCUUUUCCUCAAGCUCAACGGCUCGUCCAACCGGGAGGCUUUUGUGUAGUACCCACCACCUCGGAACUGUGGCGUCCCGCCCUUGCUUCAGUGACUCAACGGUGUCCUCCCCACCCCAGAGGACCUCCACGCACCCCUAGGAUCCUGUCCUUCACCAUGUUGGAGUCCUCGCUCCCUCCCAGGGCCCUGGUCCUGCCUCGGAGCUCUGCGGUGGAAGGAUGGGAGAGGGCCCGGUCAGGCGCUUCUCCUGCUGGAAGCAGAGGCGCUCUGGACUGCGCUCAGCCACCCUCGAGGGGCCCUGGAGCCUCGGGGCUCCGUGGUGCCUGCAGGAGCAGCCAGGAGGACCCCGGGCGGGCAGGCCCUCUCCGCCCAGUGUGUCGAGAUUCCGCCUCUUGCCAAAGCAGAGGAGUCUGCCGUCUACUGCCCACCACCUGCCCCUCGGCUGCAUGUCCACCAACCACGCCUGCUGAGGACAAAGGCUUGCACUGUCUGUACCCGCCUCGCCUGGCCCCUCACCUCCUCCCCCGGCCAGUCUGAGCUGCCUGAGGAAGGAAGGACCCGCUUCCUGUUGUCGGUGCUAUAACUCCUUUGUGAUUCCAGCCCCCUGUGGCCUGUCCUCCUGUUCGAGGCCUGUGGAGAAGGCCCCCUGGCUGAAAGCCUGGGGAGGGGAUGGAGGGCUGGAUGGUCACAUGUGGCCCAGGAGCUGUGGUCAAGACCGAGCAGCAGUCCCUUCCCUCCUCCCGGAGGGCCUGAGCCAGGGACACGUUUCCACUGCCACCCUCUGUCCAGUCUGUGACCUGAAGGGAAUUAAAGGGGCACCACACACACAAACACACGCGUGUGUACGCGCGCGCACACACACACACACACACACACACACACACACACACACACAGCUGUUUUCGUGGGGGUGGAAGUCAAGAUGUGGCUGACAGACGUGGAGGUCCAGGCCCGGGUGGGAAGGUGGAUUUGUGAGAGACCUAGGGGUGUGUGUGCAUGUGGGUUGUGUGCACGUGUCCUGUGCAUGAGAGAUGUGUGUGGGAUGGUGGUGGGAUGUGGGCGCUGGGGGUCUACCCUCAUCCUCCCAGAGCUACCCCGAGUCCGACAGGCCCGCAGCAAGCCCAGCGCCCAGGAGCCAGCCCCGCUCAGGUUUGGGAGCUUGUCCCAGGCUGCAGGGCCACAGCGCCCCCUGCUGGCAGACUUUCCAAGGGCCCUGGAGCUGUUUAUGUGGGCGAGGCCCCCUUUGCCAGGCGGGCCUGGCUUACCAACCCACCCACCUUGACUGCCCUCAGAAAUGUGUCUGAGGCUUCCUGGGAGCUCUGAGAGGGGUGGGUUUAUAUUUAGGUGAAUUGUUUUGGUGGUGGUUUUUUUUUUUUCUUUUAAGUUUUAUCAGACUCCUUUUUAUAAAGCAAUAAAUCCAUUUUCCUCCUGGUAAGGGAUGCCCCUUCUAGCACAUCAGUUAAUGACGACAUGUGCCUGUUUUGAGCUUGAGAAGAAAAGGCAAGAGAAGAUCUUCUG